CACACACACACAAAAUGUGAGAAUCAAAUUCCCAAUUACUACCAUGGGACCGCCAUUAUUAACCUUCAAAACCAGAUCCAAAGUUCGUCACUGAAACCCACAAUUUUCCCGAGAGAAUCCAAACAAACAAAAAAAACACCCCAUCUUCAACAGCUCAAUCAUGGGUUCAUCCAAUGAUUACAUUCACAUCGUAAUGGUUCCAUUCAUGGCUCAUGGCCAUCUCAUUCCAUUCUUAGCUUUAGCAAAACAAAUCCAUCACCAAACUGGCUUCAACAUCGCCAUUGCUAAUACCCCUCUUAACAUCCAAUACCUCCGUUCAACUCUCCGAGGAAACCCCAUUCCCGGUAUCCAUUUUUUGGAGCUUCAAUUCAAUAGUUCCGACCAUGGGUUACCACCCAACACAGAGAACACGGAGAACUUAUCGUUAGAUCUCAUCGGUAAAUUCUUUGCUUCAUCGGUUUAUUUGAAAACUCCGUUUUAUAAUUUGUUAAAAGAUAUUGUUAAAAAACAGUGCACACCACCUCUUUGUGUUAUUGCCGAUGUGUUUUUUGGGUGGGCUGUUGAUGUUGCUAAUAGUUUAAACACUAUAAACAUUGCGUUUUCAACCGGUGGUGCUUAUGGUACUUUAGCUUAUGUUUCGUUAUGGACUAAUCUCCCACAUCGUAGAACAGAUAAUGAAGAGUUUAAUGUGCCCGGAUUCCCUGAUAGAUGCAAAUUUCAUGUUUCUCAACUCCAUGAAUUUUUGAGAAAAGCUGAUGGGACUGAUUUAUGGUCCAAGUUUAUGCAACCACAGAUUUUAAGCUCUUUUAAAUCCUUUGGGUGGUUGUGUAAUACUGUUGAAGAGAUCGAACCAUUUGGGUUGGAUUUAUUGAGGAAAUACAUCAAAUCCCCUGUUUGGUCCAUUGGUCCUCUUUUGCCUAAAUCAUGGUUAAUCAACUCAUCGGCACCGGCAUCGGUGAGACAACAUGCAGGGAAAGAGCCAGGGAUAUCACCUGAGAAAUGUGUUCAAUGGCUUGAUAUGCAUAGUGAUGAUUCAGUUCUAUACAUUUCAUUUGGUUCACAAAACACUAUUAGUCCAUCAAAUAUGAUGGAACUAGCAACCGGGUUAGAAAAAGCUGGGAAACCCUUCCUUUGGGUUAUCAGGCCACCGCUUGGUUUCGACUUGAAAGCCGAAUUCAAACCGGAAUGGUUACCGGAAGGUUUCGAAGACCGAAUGAGUAGGAAUAACCAAGGGUUGUUGGUGAAAAACUGGGCACCCCAACUUGAAAUAUUGUCGCAUAGAUCAACCGGGGCAUUUUUGAGUCAUUGCGGGUGGAAUUCAACGAUGGAAAGCUUGAGUCAAGGUGUGAAAAUCAUAGGGUGGCCAUUGGUGGCCGAACAAGCUUACAAUUCGAAGAUGUUGGUGGAGGAAAUGGGGGUCGCGGUGGAGUUGACGAGAGGGGUUCGGAGCAGUAUUUCAAGCGACAAGGUUAAGGAAGUGAUUGAAAUGGUGAUGGGCAAAGAAGGGAAAGGAAGGGAUAUGAAGAGAAAAACUCAAGAAAUUGCUGAACAUAUAAUGGCGGCUGUUAAAGAUGAAGGAAAUGAAAAAGGGUCUUCCAUUAAAGCAUUGGAUGAUUUUGUUUCAACCAUUACAACAGCAAGGAAAUAACAAGAUCAAUGUCUUCUUUUGAGCUUAUAAUGAAUAAAUUUUGUAGUUUUUUCAUGAAGUGUUAUAUCAUUUACUUUUUUUAAUUUUUGAGCUUAUAAUGAAUUUCUAUUUACUUUUAA